UCUGCUAUCAAACACAAGAAUAGAGUAGGCUAGCACAACGAUGGCUGACACCACGCCGCAGCCUUUAAGUCGGCACGAAAAAAGCCUGGGUUUACUUACAACUAAGUUUGUUACACUACUUCAGGAUGCCAAAGAUGGGGUGCUAGAUCUUAAAAAGGCUGCAGAUACACUUGCUGUCCGACAGAAGAGAAGAAUUUAUGAUAUAACAAAUGUUUUAGAAGGAAUAGGUUUGAUAGAAAAGAAGUCCAAGAAUAGCAUACAAUGGAAGGGAGCUGGGCCAGGCUGCAACACCACUGAACUUGCUGAUAGGUUAGAAGUUUUAAAGGAGGAAUUGAGUGAGUUACAAGAUAGGGAACGUGAGCUGGAUGAACAAAGGGAAUGGGUACAACAGAGCAUUAAGAACGUCACUGAUGACCAAGAAAAUAGCAGAUUAGCAUAUGUUAACCAUGAGGAUCUUUGUAAAUGUUUUAAGAAUGACACGCUGUUAGCAAUACAAGCUCCAUCAGGUACCCAGUUAGAAGUUCCUGUUCCAGAAAGGGGUGCUGAUAACAAGAAGAAAUACCAAAUUCAUCUUAAAAGUUUUAAUGGUCCAAUCUAUGUACUACUAGUGAACAAAGACACAUCGAGUAGUAGCCCUGUUGUGCUACCGGUUCCACCACCCCAUGACCUGUCAAGUCCCAGCUUAGGGGUGGGUCAAGCAAAUGGCGGAAGUCAGUCAGCGGGUAGAUUGAUCCCAGCAGAGGAUGUAGCAAUGGAUACUACAUCAGCUGUUGAGCCCCUUAAAGCACAAAAGCAUGAAUCGUUUGAUAUUUCAAGAGACCUCUUUGAUCCGACAAUGGAUUCGCAGCUUAUAGAUGACUUUAUUCUAGAUUCAGAAAUGUUUGCACCUUUACUGCGAUUAUCACCUCCACCAGGCGACAACGACUACUACUUCAAUCUUGACGAUAGUGAAGGUGUAUGUGACCUUUUUGAUGUGUUCUAACAUCCUCUGAUUGUUAAUAUUCAAUCAAUGAUCUUGUGUUAAACAGCUAUAUGAAGGACCAUUUUUAGCUAAAACUUUUUUUUUUUAUAAGUUAUUCAAAUAAUUGUUAUCUAGUGACAUUGUAACAUUAUUCCUAUUAUGUCCCAAUUUUUUAAAUUGUAUUCACUAUUUCUUUAAUACAAUUUCAUUUUAUUUUAUUGUGUAUUCAGUGUCAUUACACAUAAAACAUAAAAAUAAUUGGUUUACUAUUAGAGAAGAUUAAUUGAAUACCUGUAUAUACGUUGGCAUAUGCAGGUCUGACAUCAAGAAAUACAAUAAUUACAAUAAUUGUUAAUGAUUACUGAGUUUGUGCCUAAAAUGUUUUUUAUCAGCAUUAAUGUUUUUAAUGUCAGUAAACACUAGUGCUGUCAAUUGUGGUCAUGUGACAAACAUUGUCACUGCUUGAAACACAAACCAUCUCAUAUAUUCACACAUGUAAUGGAUAUAUUGGUAAUGUCAAAGGUCAAGACAUAAACUGAUGAAUUAUUGAAAUGUACUCUAUGGUGAUACAUACUUUGAAAAAUACUUUUAGUAUAAUAAAAGCCAUAAAAUGACUAUAGAAUUUAGACGAUGGUAUAAGCCAUACCAGCUGCUGUGUGAUUGUUUAUAUGCUAUGACCUUUGACCUUGUCAUUACACACUUAAAGAUUCUAGACGAUUUUUGAGAUGAUACUGUUCAACACUCAAUCAUUCAUGUUGGUUGUCGCCAAAUCUUGACAUUCUUGAGAAUAUAAAUUUGUCAGAAAAUGUCAGAUGAAUUGAAGUCAAAUGAGAGGGUGAUAUAAUACUACAUCCAUGAUAAUGGUUUUGAAAUUUCAUUAAAUAAUUGAUACAUCUCUGGCAUUAAGUCGAAUUUUAGGACAGUUUUUUUAAGGUGACAUAUAUGUGGCAAAGACAAGCCAAACCAGUCACUCGUCGCAAAUCCUGUUUUGGAGAUAAUGGCCAAAACAUGCUGGAAUUUCAAAAUUUUGGAAAUCUAUUUUAUUGCACU